AUGAGGAAUGAACAUGAGGAUUUGUGGAUUAUUGGUAAUUGGGGAAUGAACAUGAGGAUUUGUGCUCAGAUUAACAACGACGAGUUUAACGGCGCCGAGAUUGUAAGAGCUAUCAAGAGGAAGAUGGUUUGGUUAGUCAAGAACGGUGAAGCUGAUCCUGAGAACAGGAAGCGAGCUUUUCAGCUUAUAAGAGCUUGGGGACAAUCCCAAGAUCUUAGUUAUCUUCCUGUUUUUCAUCAGACUUAUAUGGGCUUGGAAGGCGAAAACGGUUUAAACACUCGUGGUGAAGAGAAUUCAAUGCCGGGACAAACCUCUCUGGAGUCUCUCAUGCAACGGCCUGUUCCAGUUCCUCCACCUGGUAGCUAUCCAGUUCAGGAUCGUGGGGAUGAUGAAGGUCUUGAUUAUAACUUUGGGAACUUAUCGAUAGAGGAUAAGAAAGAACAGAUUGAGAUUACAAGGAACAGCUUCGAGUUACUCUCUAGCAUGUUGAAUAUUGAAGGGAAGCCGAAUCACACAGAGGAGGAGGGCAGAGCCGAUGUUCUCUCUAUGCUGGAGGAGGUUGGACGCAAGAUUCUCUCCAUAAGGGAGUAG